GAACAACGCCCAAAACCCAAAUACAAAAUUCAAAAAACCCCCAAAUUCACUUCACUCACAACACACACACUCGCUGAGGAACACACAUUCAAAACACGCCUUCCUUUCAUGUGAAAAUUCGACUGCAAUUUCUAAGUUGGCUGAGAUUCCAUCGAAUUCGCUUUCAAUGGCGCAGAAGCUGCAGCAGCAGCUCAAAGAACUGGGAUCUAAGUUGGAGGCUCUUCCUUCUUCCAAAGACGCUCUCAUUAAACUCUUGAAGCAUGGAGUGACAUGCCUAACAGAAUUAGAUCAGUCACCACCCAAAACAAUGUUGGACUCCAUGCAGUCUUUCUUGAAAGCUAUUGUGAAGCCAGAGCUAUUGAAACAUCAUGAUCAAGAAGUAAAGCUUUUCGUUGCUGCGUGUAUUUGUGAAAUAACUCGAAUUACUGCACCUGAAGCUCCAUACGAAGAUGAUAUUAUGAAGGAAAUUUUUCAGUUGACUGUGAGUACUUUCAGUGGCUUAAGUGAUGUAAAUAGCCCAUCAUUUGGAAGGAUAGUUGUUAUUCUUGAAACUGUGGCAAGAUACAGAUCAUGUGUUGUUAUGUUGGAUCUUGAAUGUGAUGAUCUCAUAAAGGAUAUGUUCUCUACAUUUUUCACUGUUGCCAGAGAUGAGCAUCCUGAGAAUGUUAUCACUUCGAUGCAAACAAUCAUGGAGGUACUAUUCGAAGAAAGUGAGGAUGUACCUGAGAACCUGUUGCUUACAUUGUUGUCUGCUUUAAGUUGUGAUAAUGAGGACAUCACCAUAGCUGCAAGGAGGCUUGCUAUGAAUGUGGUAGAACGCUGUGCUGAAAAAUUGGAACCUGGCGUAAAGCAGUUUCUUGUGUCCUCAAUGUCAGGAGACCGCAGGUCCCUGAAACCUGAGAUGAAUUACCAUGCCGUACUAUAUAAUAUCUAUCAGUCUGCUCCUCAAAUCCUAUCAGGAGUUGUUCCUUAUCUUACUGGAGAGCUACUGAGCGAUCAAUUGGAGGUUCGUUUGAAAGCUGUAGGGUUGGUUGGUGACCUCUUUUCACUGCCUGAAUCUACGAUUUCUGUCGCUUUCCAGCCUGUCUUUUCUGAGUUUUUGAAAAGACUGACUGAUAGAGUGGCAGAGGUCAGAAUGUCUGUGCUUGAACAUGUCAAGAGCUGUCUUUUGGUGAAUCCUUUUAGACCGGAAGCUCCUCAGAUAAUCUCUGCUCUGUGUGAUCGGUUAUUGGACUAUGAGGAAAGUGUUCGUAAAAAAGUCGUUUCAGUUGUUUGUGAUGUGGUAUGUCAUGACACCACAUCCAUUCCGGUUGAAACUAUUAAACUGGUAUCUGAACGCCUUAGAGACAAAUCCCUUCUUGUUAAAAGGUAUACAAUGGAGCGGUUAGCUGACAUAUACAAAGCAUCUUGCAUGAAGCAGUCUAGUGGCACGGCAGAGAGUGGAGAAUUUGAUUGGAUUGUGGGAAAAAUCUUGAGAUGCUUCUAUGAUAAAGAUUUCAGAUCAGAUACAAUAGAGCCGAUCCUAUCUUUGUCCUUGUUCCCAACCGAUUUUCCUGUCAAAGAUAAGGUGAAAAAGUGGGUUCGUAUCUUCUCUGGGUUUGACAAAGUUGAGGUUAAGGCUCUUGAGAAGAUACUAGAACAGAAACAAAGGUUACAGCAGGAGAUGCAUAAAUACCUUUCCCUCAAACAGUUGUCUGGGGAAGGUGAUAAGGUGGAGAACCAAAAGAAAAUAUUGUUUUGCUUCCGUGCUUUGUCUCGUUCUUUUACUAAUCCUGCAGAAGCAGAGGAGAACUUCCAGAAUCUUGACCAAUUGACGGAUUCCAACAUAUGGAAACUUCUAUCGCAACUUCUUGAUCCAAACACUAGCUCAAUUCAAGCCAACAGUUCACGGGAUGAUAUACUGAAACUCCUUGGGGAUGAGCAUAGACUCUAUGAGUUCCUGGGCACUCUUUCUUUGAAAUGCUCUUAUCUACUUUUUGAUAAGGAUCAUGUCAAAGAAAUUGUUCUGGAUGCUGGCGUGCACAAAUCUUCUGGAAACAACGAUUCAGUUUUGUCCUGCAUGACGAUUCUUGUGAUUCUUGCUCGAUUUUGUCCUUUGCUACUACAUGGAAUUGAAGAGGACUUGGUACAUUUUCUUGAGGAUGACAAUGAAAUAAUAAAGGAAGGUACCCUCCACAUCCUCGCAAAGGCUGGGGGAACUAUCCGAGAGCAGCUGGGUGUUUCAUCAAGAUCAUUAGACCUUAUACUCGAGCGUAUAUGCUUCGAGGGUAACCGAAGGCAGGCCAAGUAUGCUGUUCAUGCACUGGCAUCCAUCACAAAAGAUGAUGGACUCAUGUCACUUUCUGUUCUUUAUAAGAGGCUAGUUGAUAUGCUUGAAGAGAAGGCCCACAUGCCAGCUGUACUACAGUCUCUUGGGUGUAUUGCACAAGCUGCCAUGCCUGUCUUUGAAACAAGAGAAAGUGAGAUUGUAAAGUUCAUCAGAGAAAACAUACUGGAGAUUGGACAUGUAUCAGAAGAAAAAGCACCUGAUUCUUGGGAUGAUAUAAGUGAACUUUGUUCCUUAAAGAUAUAUGGAGUCAAAGCUCUGGUCAAGAGCUAUUUACCUACCAAGGAUGCUCACCUUCGAUCUGGAAUCGAUGACCUAUUUAGAAUCCUCAAGAACAUUCUCUCUUUUGGUGAUAUAUCAAGCGAGAUUAGAUCGAGUUCAGUUGACAGGGCUCAUUUAAAGCUUGCUGCAGCUAAAGCUGUUCUCCGUUUAUCAAAAUACUGGGAGCACAAAAUCCCCAUUGAUGUCUUUUACCUUACAAUGAGAACCUCUGAGGAUAACUUUCCCGAGAUCAAGAAACUACUUCUCAACAAGAUUCAUCAAUAUGUAAAGGACCGAGCUCUAGAUCCUAAAUACGCUUGUGCUUUCCUGCUCGACGAUACAUCUCAACAGGAAGAUAUUGAGGAGAACAAACGCAAUUUGCAUGACAUCAUCCAGAUGUGUCGACAAGGAAGGGGGAGGCAGACUUCUUCUCAGACUGAUACGGAUUCUUCCCCACACAGUCCAGAAUACUUGCUUCCAUAUGUGGUGCAUUCCCUUGCUCAUCAUCCCUCAUGUCCUAGUAUUGAUGAGUCCAGAGAUGUCAAAAUAUUUGAAGAAAUGUACAGGAAGUUGUAUCUUUUCAUAUCAAUGCUGGUGCAUGGAGAUGGAGACGGAAAAUCUGAUGUCAGCAUAAGCAAGGACAAGGAGACCCUUUCAUUACUUAAUUCUAUUUUCCUAUGUAUAAAGCGCUCAGAAGAUGCUUUAGAUGCUACUAAGUCCCAGAAUUUGUAUGCUCUGUGCGACCUUGGCAUGUCAAUUGUGAAGAGGUUUGUUCCAAAUCAAGAUGAUCUUCAUGACUCAACUGCAUCUGUGACUCUUCCUGCUGGGAUUUAUAAACAACGCACAAAGAAAGAUGACAGUGACUCGCUGGUUGGUGAAGAGAAGACGUGGCUGGCAGAAGAUGGUGUUUUUGCCCAUUUUGAAUCACUUAAAUUGGAAACUAAUGAAAUUGCCAAUUCAGUACAUGCAGAGGAUGAUAACAUGAAGGACAGUGAAACAGAGGGCAGUGAGAUACCAUUAGGAAAGUUAAUGAAAAGACUAAAAGCUAAAGCAGCAAAGGCAAGAAAAGAGGCAAAGAAUCAGUCUGCACCAUCUGGGAUCUCUAAGGAAAACGAUUUUGAUAUCUUGAAAAUGGUGAAGGAAAUAAAUUCUGAUAACCUGGGAACAUCUGGCAAGAUUGGAUCAAGUAACAAUGCUGAGCAUGUUGGCAAAAAGAGGAAAAACAUCCACCAGCUAGAGAAGAGGAAAACGUUGUUGGAUGAAUCUAAGGAUGCCCCUGUCCCAAAACGUAGGAGAACAUCAUCUGCUCAAGCUCACAAAUCUCUCCAAACAACUCCUCCAAAGGGUUCUAAGAGGCCUAGUAAAGUAAAUCAGGAAGAUACUAGUGAUGUUUCUGACAAAAUGGAUGAAGAUCUUCAAACUUCUUCAGAAGAUAUAGCAGCACAGGAAAAAAUGGAAGAAUCUGCAGAAUCUGACUUGUUACUUUCCCGUAUGGGGAAGAAAUCCAGUGCCUCUUCUAAGCAGAAAGCUAAACGACCUGGCAGAGAUAAUGCUGAGACUCUCCAUCACUCUCCUGAUGCUAAGAAGCCUAAGAAAUUCAAAGAAACUGAGGAGGCACCUUCGUUUAGUUUUUCAAAGUCUGCAUCUCUGAAGAAGCAGAAAAAGAAAAGUGUCUCUGGAUUAGCAAAGUGCACAAGCAAGGACAGCGGAAGCCACAGUAAUGAUUUAAUUGGUUCCAGAAUUAAAGUUUGGUGGCCGAUGGAUAAGAAGUUCUAUGAAGGGGUAAUAAAGUCAUUUGAUACCCACAAAAAGAAACAUGUGAUAGUAUAUGAUGAUGGAGAUGUGGAAGUUCUUCGACUAGAUAGGGAGCGCUGGGAACUAGUUGAGAACAAUCUCAAAUCAAAGCAACUUGGCUCGUCAAAGGGCUCUCUUUCUAAAGGAGGAUCAUCUGGGCAGAAAAAGAAAACGGUGGGAGGCUUAGAACAGGUUGAAAAACUGGGCAUGAAACCGUCUGGGCAAAAAAAGAAAGCGUUGGGAGGCUUAGAACAGGUUGAAAAGUUGGGCUUGAAAUCUCUGUCAUCUCAAGCAAGAGGGAAGAGGACUCCAAGAAAAAGUCCUAAAGAAGGUCGAAAAGGUCCAGUGAAGAUUAAUUUCUCUGUGGGAAGGAGAGAAAAACCAGUGGACGUAGAACCUGAGUCUUCCACAAAGUCCCUGGUUGAUCAGUCAGACUCAGAGAAGGAACAAAAUGAGAGGAGUCAUAAGAGUGUAUCUGAUGAGGAGCUGUCUAAUAAUGACAAGAAACACGAGGAGGAUGCUGAAUCAGAAGAGCCCAAAGAGGGCGAAGACGACUCUGAAAAUACUCAGAGUGACCAUGCUGGUGGCCCUCCACAUGAUGCUAGUGAAUUGGAUAACGAGGCUGUUUCUGAUUCGGAUGGGAAGCAGUUAGAUGAAGACAAAGAAGAAUCUGGACGGGAGUCUGAGGAAGCAGAUGACAUGGACAGCCAGCCUGCAUCUUCGGAUAAGCCUGAUAAAAACACAAGUAAUUCUGGCUCUGCAGAUGAUGAGCAUUCUGAUGACGAGCUUCUGAGCACGUGGAGACAACGAGCAGGAAAGAAAUAGGGAGGCUACCAACAUUACGAUGGUGGUGCACUUUGAUGAUUGUAAUGAGAUAGCAAAAUUAGUGGGAGAAGAUGUGUCUGAGUAUGAAUAAACUCGUGUAGGUUUUUUAGCAGCAAAGUAGUGUAGCAUAAAUGAUAAAAACUAUUGGUUCGUAUAGUUGGCAAAGCAAAGAAGGUGUACAGCCAUUAGGUGUACUAACAUCUGCUUGUUCUUUUUUGUAGUCCAGCAAUCAUGAUUUGUAUGUAUGCUUAUUGAUUAUUGCGUUAAAACGCUCAUAACUAUGUUGUGCCUACAUUCAUAAAUAUACCUUCGACACUCUGUUUUCUUUCA